AAGUAAGAACAGCUUAGGUACGAUGUUCCAAAUACUAAGGCACUGAAUCUCGGAUUCCCCUUUCUUUGAAUUAUGAUAUUUUCUAUUUCUAAUCUUUCUGGGUUUGCGUAUUUGAAGGCUGAAGUGCUCUCAGUUGUAUAAUCUCCUUGGUCCUAAUAGAGAUCAACAAGAGAGAACAUGACUACAUUAGAUUUGUCGAGAGCCGAGCUUGCUCUUAUAGUCCUCUACUUGAACAAAGCUGAGGCUAGAGAUAAGAUAUGCAGAGCUAUACAGUAUGGUUCCAAAUUCUUGAGCGGUGGGCAACCUGGUACUGCUCAAACUGUCGACAAAAAUACCAGCUUGGCUAGAAAAGUUUUCCGUCUUUUCAAGUUUGUUAAUGAUUUUCACGGCCUUAUCAGCCCCGUGCCUAAAGGAACUCCGCUUCCUCUUGUCUUACUCGGGAAGUCGAAGAAUGCGCUCUUGUCUACCUUCUUGUUUUUUGAUCAAAUCGUCUGGCUUGGUAGAUCCGGCAUAUAUAAGAACAAAGAACGAACUGAAUUGAUUGGACGUAUAUCACUUUUCUGCUGGCUAGGAUCAUCCAUUUGUACAUCAGCAGUGGAGAUUACUGAGCUUGGAAGGCUCUCUUCAUCUAUGAAGAAGAUGGAAAAGGAACUCAAAGAUGAUGAAAAGCAUCAUGAUGAGCUGUAUCGUGCUAAGCUUCAGAAAUCAAACGACAGAACUCUAGCUUUGAUUAAGUCAAGCAUGGACAUUGUUGUAGCCAUUGGUCUCCUUCAAUUAGCUCCAAAGACGGUUACUCCUCGUGUCACUGGCGCUCUCGGGUUUACCACCUCGCUUAUCUCUUGUUAUCAGUUGCUUCCGUCACGCCCCAAGUUCAAGACACCUUGAAGCAGGAAGAAGCUUCUUCUCUAGGCCUUCAGAAUAAUUUGUUUCAUAUUCAUUAGUAAAUCUGCUGCGUUCUUGUUAUCUCAGGAGUCUCUGUUUGCUCCUUCGAAUGAAUUUGCUGCUUUUGUCUACGCAGGAAUAAUUAAAACUCUUAUAAUAAGAUUCAAUAUGAUACUUGCUCAAUAUUCUUGAUCU